CAGAUCGCGGAUAGCAGCGGGGAGAUGCUGCCGUCCAGGACGGCGAAACGAGACAGUUUGCCACUAAACUGGACACUUCUUUCAUAUUCGUCCAAACAUGGAUAAUAACGACACAUAUCUCCAUCUCAGUUCUUCGUUGCAGGUAGCACAUGGUCACCUGAGUUCUCCUCCGUCCCAGCCUCCUCUGAGCUCCAUGGUGUCGCACCAUCACCCAUCCAUCAUCAACGGUCUGGGGUCUCCAUACUCAGUCAUCACCUCCUCCUCCCUGGGCUCGCCUUCGGCCUCUAUGCCCACCACUUCCAACAUGGGCUAUGGAGCACUCAACAGUCCACAGAUGAACUCUCUGAACAGUGUUAGCAGCUCAGAGGACAUUAAACCUCCUCCAGGACUGGCAGGACUGGGCAGUUACCCUUGCGGCAGCCCCGGGUCCCUCUCCAAACACAUCUGUGCCAUUUGUGGAGACCGAUCCUCAGGGAAACAUUAUGGUGUUUACAGCUGUGAAGGAUGCAAAGGCUUCUUCAAGAGAACCAUCCGUAAAGACCUGACGUACACUUGUCGAGACAAUAAGGACUGCCAGAUAGACAAACGCCAGCGAAACCGCUGCCAGUACUGUCGCUAUCAGAAGUGUCUCGCCAUGGGCAUGAAGAGAGAGGCGGUCCAGGAGGAGAGGCAGCGCGGUCGGGAGAGGAGUGAUAAUGAAGUGGACUCCAGCAGCAGCUUCAAUGAAGAGAUGCCGGUGGAGAAGAUCCUGGACGCUGAGCUGGCAGUGGAGCCCAAGACAGAAGCUUACAUGGAGUCAAGCAUGAGCAACUCGACAAAUGACCCAGUGACCAACAUCUGCCAGGCUGCAGAUAAGCAGCUCUUCACGCUUGUUGAAUGGGCGAAGAGGAUCCCACACUUCUCUGACCUCCCUCUAGAUGAUCAGGUCAUCUUGCUGCGAGCAGGUUGGAACGAGCUGCUUAUUGCUUCAUUCUCACAUCGCUCAGUGACAGUUAAAGAUGGGAUUCUCUUGGCCACCGGCCUGCAUGUUCAUCGCAGCAGUGCUCACAGUGCCGGUGUGGGCUCUAUAUUUGACAGGGUAUUAACAGAGCUGGUAUCUAAGAUGAGGGAAAUGAUGGACAAGACGGAGCUGGGCUGUUUAAGAGCAAUCGUCCUCUUCAACCCAGAUGCAAAAGGACUAUCAAACCCAUCAGAGGUGGAGGCGUUAAGGGAAAAAGUGUACGCAUCGCUGGAGGGCUACACCAAACACAACUACCCGGAUCAGCCUGGAAGGUUUGCCAAGCUACUCCUGCGUCUCCCAGCUCUGCGCUCCAUUGGACUGAAGUGUCUGGAGCAUCUGUUCUUCUUCAAGCUCAUUGGAGACACACCUAUAGACACUUUCCUCAUGGAGAUGCUGGAAGCACCGCAUCAAAUUACAUGACACCAAUCCUGCCGCAUGUAAAUAAACCCCAGCGCACACUUUAUAACCCCUUUAUAACAACAAAGAAGUUCUUAUUUUCUACCAAGCACAAUGUGAAGAAGUAAAAAAUGCAAACACGCAAAAGAUUUGUAUCGGUAUUUUCCAAGAAAAAAGACACUGUUGAAGUAAAUUGUAUGAGUACUGUAAACCUUUAUUUUGUACAUAGAUUUUACCAGCUGUGAUAGCAGCAAGAAACUAAAUGUGAAAAUAUUUAAUUCAGUGCAAAACUGUGUAAACAGUCACCAGCAAUCAGUUUAGAAUUCUGUGAAGAUAAUUAAUAAUAAUAAUAAUAACAAAAGAAGUCGGUUAAAAUGUUUUGUUGUUGGUUAUUUUUGAAAUAACCAUUUGUGGAAUAAAUGUGAUUUUUCACAACUGUUUUUUUGUAUGAAAUAAAACCUGAAUUCCUUCCUUUACCGCCUGAUAAUAUUUAAAUGAUGUUAUUUUAGUUCUCUUUGGUGUUUGAUU